AUGCCCACUCCAUAUCGGAGAGCGUGUGGUCAUUGUAUCAAAUCGAAAAGGCGAUGUGACCUAGCCGUGCCGCGAUGCCACCGCUGCCAAGUCCGAUCUCUAGAUUGUCAGUACCAACAUGCCAACACGUCACACGCGUCCCGUGAAGGAUACGUAAACCCCAGCUCGCUCUCCGUGGGUAAUGUGUCCAGCCAGCCAGCACACGGCUCCUUGGUGAAUCCAGAAUCUUCGGGUGAGACUCUUCACAUGGCUGUUGAUCUUUCGACCGACUUCCCUGUGCCCUUACCCGAACCUACUCUUGAGUGGUGGAAUACCACCCCAAGUAUCGAAUUACCAGCCCCGAAUGAGCAACAAGUGGAACUUGAAUCCCAUAGCACCUAUUACGAGAGAAAACUAUUGGGUCGAAAGUACCAACAAAGAAUCUAUUACGCGACACAGCGACUGAAACUCUUUCCUUCCACAUUCGCUACAUCUGGCCGGACUAUCUUCAUUCACCCAAGUCUGUAUGAUGCUCAUCUCCCUGAGGUCCUUGGGGACACGAUGGCACUGUGUGCUCUUUAUGCCACCAAGUCCGACGCGAAUCAAGAAAUGGUCUACCGCAUUAUUGGCCAGCGCGCUCAUCGCCUAGUCGAUGAGUUUGACUGGUUGGCCACCCCACUUGAAUAUCUAGCCUCGAUCCAGGCUCUUGGUUUGAUCCAAAUCAUUCGUCUGUUUGACGGCGACAUUAGGCAGCGGGCGGACGGCGAGCGGGCACAGCCUACUUUUAUGAAUGGCAUUCGGGGUUUGCAACAUAAGAUGCAGGGGAUCGAGGAUGGCUGGCGGACUGAGCUGAUAUCUCAACCCGAAGACGCUGAUGCAUGGGGAAGCUGGUUAUACGCUGAAAGUGUCAGACGCACUGUUAUAUUCGGGCAUAUACUCGACACGCUCUAUUACUUUCUGAGGGAUGGAUGGCAUAACUCGCAUGAGGAGUUCUUUCUCUUAUCAUUCUUUGGACAAAGGUCGUUAUGGGCGGCUUCUUCGAAGUUCCACUGGGGGACGACUUUGGAAGAGACAAAUGCCUGCCCGCUGCGAUUCUAUUCUUGGGAUAGGAGCAUAGCGGCUGUGAGGCCUGAAGACCUGGACGAGUUGGGCAUUCUUAUGACGGCGUUAAUGAAGGGGGUUGACCAUUGUCGGGAUUGGAUAGGGCCGGACAUGCUGGAGCAGUUUGGCCUGCAACCUUGA